AUGGGUAGACCACCUUGCUGUGAUAAAAUUGGUGUGAAGAAAGGGCCAUGGACUCCUGAAGAGGACAUCACCUUGGUAUCUUACAUUCAAGAACAUGGACCAGGGAAUUGGAGAGUCGUUCCUACUAAUACUGGUUUGCUUAGAUGCAGUAAGAGUUGCAGGCUUAGAUGGACUAAUUAUCUAAGGCCGGGCAUCAGACGUGGCAACUUCACUGAUCAUGAGGAGAAGAUGAUAAUCCACCUCCAAGCACUUCUAGGCAAUAGAUGGGCUGCCAUAGCUUCCUACCUUCCUCAGAGAACAGACAACGACAUAAAGAACUAUUGGAAUACCCACUUGAAGAAGAAGCUCAAAAAGCUUCAAGGCCAUGAACAUGAUAAACAACACAAUCAAGAUGGGCACUCAGAUUCAAAGGGACAGUGGGAAAGAAGGCUUCAAACAGACAUCCACAUGGCUAAACAAGCUCUACGUGAGGCUUUAUCACUUGAAAAAUCAAGCAAUUUUGCAGAAUCAAAGCCCUCUAAAUCUAAUACCCAUUGUCCUUUCAUCACCCCAAUCCAAACAACCACAUAUGCAUCAAGCACUGAAAAUAUAAGUCGAUUGCUCGAAAACUGGAUGAAAAACUCCCCAAAAUCAUCUCUAACAAGCUCAGAAACAAGCCAAACUACUCAAAAUUCCUUCAUCAACCCAGUUGGAAUAGGUUCUAGUCCUAGUGAAGGACUCAGUGCGUUGACACCGGGGAGCUUGGAAUCACUGUUUAGCUUCAAUUCUGCUGCUUCUAAAUCCGUGAGUGUGGAUAAAACUGCUACUUUCACACCUGAAACUACCCUUUUCCAUGAUGAAAGAAAGCCAAAUUCUAGCAGCCAAAUGCCUUUGGCUUUACUAGAGAAAUGGCUCUUCGAUGAUGGUGCUUCACAAGGACAAGAAGACGUAAUGGACAUGUCCUUGGGGGAAACUGCUGUCUUGUUCUGAAGAGAGAUUCAACUGUUUUGGGGUUCUCUCCCCCUUUCUGUUUCUGAGUUUUAAUCCUUGAACUGGUAGAUUUUACUUCCAUCAGUUCAAGGCCUAAAAUGAAAAUUUCUAGCCCGAGCUGAAAAAGUUUACCACUACCAUAUAGGGGAAAAAAGUGUAAAUUACUAGUAGUAUAUGUCCUAAUGUCCAUGUAUGUACUGGAAAUAAUCUCCGAUCAUCUUCUUAGGACAAACUCUUUGUAUUUUGUGAACCAUUCGAUUUGGGUUUUUCUGAGAAAUGGAACUAGGGUUUGAAUUUAGAUGUUACAGAAUCCAUUUUCCUGGAAAUUGAAAACUGAAACAUGAACGGAUCUGCUCAUGGUGGG